AGUAUGCAGUUCAAACAGCUCGUCUCUUUACUAUUUAGUUUGAAUUCAGUUUUUGGCUCAAAUAUUCUCUUCGUUAGUAAUAAUCCGAGUCCAAGUCAUCAAAUAUGGAAUUACGAACUAUCGGAAGGCCUUUUAAAAAAAGGACACAAUAUAACCAUGUUAGCUGGAUCACCAGUGGAGAACAAAUUAUUCAAAAACUAUCAUCCCAUCGAUGUCAAAGGUCUCGUUGAUAAGAUUAAUUCCGAAACAGAUUUCCAAUCAUUUUUUGAGAUGACAGUUUUAAAGCAUAUGCUGGUAUAUGUUGACUACUGCCUUACUACUUGCAACUAUAUACUGCACUCAGAUGCUCUAAAGAUAAUUCUAAACUAUCCAAAGGAUUAUAAAUUUGAUUUGAUUAUAUUUGACAAUAGCUGCGGUCCAUGUACUUUGCCCUUAAUUCAAAGAUUCCACUACCCUCCUGCAGUGGAAGUAACAGCUUUUCUACUACCUCAGUUUAUUUCGGAAACUUUUGGAAACGAUGCGGCGCCAUCUUAUAUUCCAUAUUAUUUAGGAGAAUACGGCAAAGAAAUUACUUUUGUUCAGCGACUCAUAACCUUUUAUUGGAUAAGAGCUGAGGACCUAGUAAGAAAAUACUAUUUUAACAAAGUUGUCGAGGGUUUAGCAAAAGAAAUAUUUGGAGAACAAAUAGACUCUUUAGAUUCUCUUGAGAAUCUUAUUUCUCUACUUUUGUGUAAUUUAAUGCAAGGUUUUAGCCAUCCACAACCUCUAUCUCCAAACAUAAUUCCAGUAGGUGGUUUACACAUCAAACCAGCAAAAACACUGCCAGAGGAUCUUCAACGUAUCAUGGAUAAUACCGAAGAAGGUGUCAUUUUAUUUUCACUUGGAACAAACGUUAAAUCAUCUUUAAUGAGAGAAGAUAAACGCAAGGCAAUCCUAGAUGCAUUAGGAAAGUUAAAAGAAACAGUGUUAUGGAAAUUUGAAGCAGGUUUAAAGAAUAUUCCCAAAAAUGUUAUCAUCAAAAAGUUUUUACCACAACGGGAUUUAUUAGCGCAUCCCAAUUUAAAGUUAUUUAUUAGUCACGGUGGAGCUUUGAGUACAGCAGAAGCAUCGUAUCAUGGCGUCCCAGUAGUAGGAAUACCAUUUUUUGCUGACCAAUAUAUAAAUGUUAACAUAAUAGAAAAGAAGGGAAUUGGUGUUCGAGUCGAUUUUGUGACAAUGACUGCAAAUACUUUAUUGGAUAAAAUUAACGAAAUCCUUCACAAUCCUAAAUAUCUUCAGAAUGCGAAGAAACUGUCACACAUUAUAAAGGAUCAACCGCAAACUCCACUUGAACGGGCAGUAUUUUGGGUGGAAUUUGUAAUCAGGAAUAAUGGAACUCAUAUUUUGGAUCCAGCCUCUAGAUAUAUGUCUUAUUUUGUUACAUCAUCUCUGGAUAUAUAUUUAUUUUUAGCGAGUGUUAUUAUUGUCAUUUUAUGGUUGAUGCUAAAAUUUUUGAGUUUGAUAAAAUAUUUUCUCUAUAGAAACACUGAAAAACUAAAAGAUGAAUAA